GCCGCCGCCACCACCACCACCGUCGCCGCGCGCCUGACGUCACCGUCCGAAGAUGGCGGAGGAGAGACGGACCAGACGACGACUUCUCCACGGUCUGCGGCGCUGCGGUUAAAUUUCAACGGGGAAACCCCGCCAAAAAGGCAGUCCGACAUAACGGAGCACCGCCUCCACCCGCAGCUACAAACAACAAGCAGCAGUAACAACAACUCCAACACCAAAAGGAAACACAAACAAAACAGCAAAGCACACCUGGGGGCGCCGUACAGCAAUUGCCCAUUUAUUAUGAACGGUCUGAACAAUGAACGUUUCUUGAGUGUUUGAAACUAAGCCGUCCUCUGAUUUCUCGUGUUUUCGGUAUCUGCGCGUCGCAUCUCUUCGUCGCAUUCAUCCCUCCAGAACAAAAUGCCUGUACUGUCUCCACACCGCAGCGGCUCAUCAGGAUCGUACCGGUCGAUGUACGGAUCCUCCACGUUGGACAGACCAUUCUACGGAAGUGCGGGGACGUAUACACCGAGGAUAAGUUCGUACAGUGAGAGGUACACGUCGAGGAGUUACACGGAUUCGGACGGAAGGAGGAUAUUCUCGAGGACUGGAAGCAUAACCGAGGAUGGCGUGACGACUAGGUUCAGAGAGGAGUCGCGCGAGGGGAGCGUGAGGAGAGAUUCAAGAGAUUCCGGUAUAAGUUCUUUGCGCGAGCCAUCGCUCCUGGAUAGGAGAGAGCCUUCGUUGUCGAGAGAAGGAAGCAGCAGCAGGCUGUCGGCAAUAAACGUUGUGGAAUCUGUGGCCGACAUCCGCAACAAGUACUCACCUGCAAACUACGUUCCGGCUAUCCACAGGAAUCGAGGAGAGUCGAGCAACAACAUCUCUCGCUCGAAGACGCUGAACGACAUCGGUCUGCCGCCGAUAGAGGCGAAGACCUCAUCAUCAUCAUCAUCAAACUCCACCUCCUCCGCGACCAAGAAGAAGGACAUUGCGAGCACAUCACCCAGCAGGCUCAACCAUCGCGCCGGCCAAAAUUCGACUUCGAUCGGUAGUUCGGUUACCAAUAAUGGGACGAGUGCAUCCGGAACAAACUCGCAGAGGAAUUCAAGCGAAAGGGAGUCCGUUUACGGUGGCAGAACCCGCAGCGACAUCAUCGAUGAGGACAGGCGUUACGAUCGUUCGAGCCCCGGGAAGCAGUUGGGUCUCAACGGGCUCAAGAACAUUGGAAACACAUGCUUCAUGAACUCCGUCAUCCAGUGUCUGUCCAACACCAAACUCCUCCUGGAAUACCUGAAGAAGGACUCGCACGUUGCGGACAUCAACACGACGGUCUCCAGCAUGAAGGGUGCCCUGAUUAAAGCGUUUGCUCUGGUUAUCAAAGAACUGUGGUCGGAGGAUUCUAGUGAGAGGGUCGUGAAUACCGUGAGCUUGAAGUCGCAGAUCCAGAGGUUCGCUCCGAGAUUCAUGGGGUACUCGCAGCAGGACGCUCAAGAGUUUCUCAGGUACCUACUGGAAGGUUUGCACGAGGACGUGAACCGAGUCGCUACAAAACCUUCUCCAAUCCAUACCGAGAUCGACGAAAAUCUAAGCGACAGCGACAAGGCCACUGAGUCGUGGCAGAGGUACGUGAGGCGCGAAAACUCCAAGGUAGUGGACAUCUUCGUCGGGCAGCUGAAGUCUACGUUGCGCUGCACCCACUGCGGUCACUGCUCCGUCACCUUCGACCCGUUCUGGGAUCUCUCACUUCCGAUACCACAAAAGUCCGGUCCUGUCCGUCUUUCGCAGUGCCUUGAAAGCUUCACCAGAGAGGAGACCCUCGACGGUGACGAGAAACCGACGUGUGCGAAGUGCAAAGAGCGCAGGAAGUGCACCAAGUCCUUAUCGAUUCACAAGUUCCCGAAAAUUUUAGUGAUUCAUUUGAAACGAUUUUCGCCGACGGAGCGUUUCAGGGGAAAGCUUUCCGUCGUCGUUGACUUCCCUCUCGAAGGUUUGGAUAUGAGCAAUUACGCGGCGGAGGCUCACAGCCAAUGCAGAUACAACCUUUACGCCAUCUCCAAUCACAGCGGCACAACUUACAGUGGUCACUACACGGCCUACUGCAGACAUCCCUAUUCACAAUCGUGGCACGAGUACAACGAUUCAAGGGUGUCGACAAUAAUGCCUAGGAGUAUAGUGAGUGGCGAGGCGUACGUGCUUUUCUACGAGUUGGACUCGAAACUGUCGCACCUAUGAUGAGCGUGCGACGAAGAACUAGGUUUUAUAAAAGAAAUUAAUACGAAUUUUAUUUUAACUUUAUUUAUAAUUUUUUUUUCUGUGAAUCUUUGCCAUAUUUAUUUUCUGAUCUUAAAGCAAACGAUAUGUCCCGAGAGAACUAAACUAAAAGCGAAAUGGACGAAAGAACUACUACUACUACAACUACUUUUCAUCGACCAUAUUCACUGUAGAGACAUCUUCAUUUUUAUUUAUUGUAAUUUAUUUUUUUUAUUAUUUACCGGGAAGAAACUAUAUUCUUUUGGAAAAACAAAAACAGAUAAACACGUAACAUUUGGGUGAUCCCUUCUAGUCGCACGGAUUUAUUUAUUUUAAUCAAUUUUUUUCUAUUAAGUCCUCGAUCGAAUAUACAUUUUUUUUUUCUCUCUUAUAAUUUUGAUUUCCACGUUCCAUUUAUUUCUCGUCUUCUAUUUUACUUUACAUAAUUAAUUUCGCCGCCUAUGGUUUCCGAACCACGUCCAAAAAAAAGUUAAAAAUUUAAUUAAUAAUUAAAAAAAGAUAAUGAUUAGAAACUAUUAUACACACGAUAAAUUUGUAAUAUAAUAUGCGGAUAUAUUUAUAAUAGAUAAGUACUUAUUUACUUGUGAAUGAACAAAUAUGAACUCUAUAUUAUUAUUAUAUAUUAUAUACAUUUGUUAUCUAGAUGUUGAAUACUCUUGUAUAGAUUUAUUAUUGUACAUGGAAAAUGAAAUGUUCAAAUUUUUUCGAAGAAGAUGAAAGGAAAACAAAUUGGAACUACUACACUACAUUAAGGGCAAUUACUAAGACGAAUGAGAAUCAGGAAAUAAUAAUAAUAAUAUAUUGUGUACCUUUCUACAUUGCUAUAUACAUAUAAAUAUAUAUUUAAACAAACAAACAAAAGAAGAAGAAAAAAUGAGAAAUUAACAAUUUUAGUAAUAGAAAUUCUAUCUAUUUAGAUACUUACUUUCGUCUCAUUUAGCCGAAGCACGUCGACCACAUUAUAUUACUUAACAUGUUUACUUUCGUUAAGGUUACUUACUGCAUUUCGUUUAAAAAAAACUAAAAGAAAACUAUAUAAAUAUAUUGAUUGAUUGAAAAUGUAUAUGUACAGCGGAAUUGGAGCCUAAAUGAAUCAUUUCGAUUUUAGUUGAUGAUUUAUACAUAUAUCAAUUAGUUAUUGGAUCUGCCGUAGGUUUUUACUCCUCCUUUUGCUUUGUGCAAGAAAAUUUAAAAAAAAAAAUGAAGAGAAAUAUU